CCCGGAAUGAGACGAGUGCGUGACAGCGAGUGUGUAGCAGUGUGUCAGCGUAGGCAGCGACCGAGCGGCCACACUCAGUAACAAAGACGAUGAAGCCUCCAAACGUGUGCCUCCUCUCGCUAGUCCUCCUUCUCCUCACCGUCAGUAAACAUGGGCCUUGCUCGGCGGACCGGAUCAUUGGUGGCACAGAGGUGGAGCCAUACAGCAUCAGUUACCAGGCGUCUCUGCGUUUCUUCGGGCAGCACUUCUGCGGAGGAACACUCAUCCACGAACAGUGGGUGAUCUCUGCUGCCCACUGCUGGAGGCCGGCCCAGAUGAUCCAGGUGGCUCUGGGCAAACAUAAACUGUACGAGCAGGAGCCCACAGAGCAGGUGUUUCAAGUGGCCACCCUCAUCCGUCACUUCAACUACUAUUCAAAGACAUUCGACAGCGAUAUCAUGAUGAUCAAGUUGGACCGUCCCGCAGUCCUGUCGUCCGCGGUGGGUCUGGCCCCCCUUCCGGAGGUGGGGCAGCCCCCUCUCACGUGGUACACCCAGUGCACAGUGUCCGGGUGGGGCGUGACCACGCUCUGGUCCUACAAUCUGUCGCCAGUACUGCGCUCUGUACAGGUGGACUUCUUCCCAAAAUGCUCGUACUUCUACUACUUCAGAGUGACGGACAACAUGAUCUGUGCCGGAUCGUGGAGGGGCGGGAAGGACUCCUGCCAGGGCGACUCGGGCGGACCUCUCAUGUGUAACGGUAAACUGCAGGGCAUCGUGUCUUGGGGCAUCGGUUGUGCCUAUUCCUACUACCCCGGAGUCUACACCCGAGUUGAGAACUUUGUGGACUGGAUCCGAUGGAUGAUCAACACCCAUGAACGAGGCUGAAACAGAACUAAACCAGAACUAAAAUAGGACUAAACCAGGACUAAACCAGAACUAAACCAGGACUGAACCAGGACUAAACCAGGACUAAACCAGGACUAAACCAGAACUAAACCAGGACUGAACCAGGACUAAACCAGGACUAAACCAGGUCUAAACCAGGUCUAAACCAGGACUUAAGCAGGACUGAACCCAGACUACAUCCAGACUGCAUGAGGACUAAACCUGGACUAAACCAAGACUGAACCAAGACUAAACCUGGACUCAACCUGGACUAACCUGAACUAAACCUGGACCAAACUAGGACUCAGCCAGGACUCAACCAGGACUGCACCAAACCUGACCGAACCAAACCCAGACCAACUCGGGACUAUCCAGAAGACCUCAGCCAUCAUUAUAAAUCUUCUAUUUUAUUAUAUUUUUAUUCAAAUUGUCUAUGCUACUCGGUGAGAGCUUUGUUUAUGUAAAAAAUAUAUAUAUAUAUUAUGGGACCCAACUCAAUCUGACCUUUUAUUUUGUUUGCCCCCCCCCCCCCAAUAAACAAUAUUUAUUCAAACC